CCUCUUCAGCCAUUUCUGGAGCUCUCCUAGGGUUUCCGCUCCUAGGUUUUCAUCUACAUUCGGCUGGUGGGAAGGAAAAGUGGGAGGGGAUCAGCGGUCCUUCGCGCAGGUGGCUGCUUCGCCUCCGCGGGCGCAGUCCAUGGCGGGGCGCGAUGGAGGCAACCAUUUCAAUCGAGGAGAUGGGGCGGCGGAAGGGAGAUUCAGGCGUGGUGGGGGUCGAUCUGAGCGCGGCGGUGCUCGCGAGCGUGGUGGUGGCGGCGAGGGCCGCAACUUGGUGUGGAUGCGCGACAACGACGAAGGCGGCUCCUCCAACGUUGAUCCACGCCAUGGGUCGUCCGACAAGGCGAGGUGGGAUGUAGAUGCGAUGGAGCAAGGAGGUGAGCGUGGAUCUGAGAAGUGGGGCGACAACAACAAUAUCGUGAUUGCUGGAGCAGCAGGCGGAAAGCAACCACAAGCUCAAGACCGUCGUCAUCCCACUCCUGGCAAGAGGAACGCCGCCCCACUAGUGGGUGGUGCUGAGGUUUGCGUUACUUGCAAGGAUCCAGGUCAUUUACCUGCGUUCUGUCCUCGUGCUGUGUGUGGUAGAUGUGGGAAUCAUGGUCAUUUGGCCUCAGUUUGCAACACGGUGCUUCCUUGGGAGUGUGUGGCUCCGAUGUGUGGAUUCCAGGCUAGAGGGAAAGGUUUUUUCUAUAUUCAUGAUCAUAGCACUCCGAACCAGAACACUGAUAGGAAUCGGUUCAUAGUCAUAUCUGUGGUUGAGGGGCAAGCAUCUGGUAGGCAGUUGGAGGAGUUUUUCAAUGCUUAUAUAAACACAAACUGGAGAUGUUCUGCUAGAUCUAUCGGGCCAAAAACUUUUGUGAUGAGAUUUCCAUCACCUAGGGAUGUUGAUAAAGCUUGUUUUGCUGAGAGCAUGAAUGUGAAGAGCUCUGGGGCUGUUAUUAAUUUGAGGAAGUGGUCAGAAUCUAUGGGAGCUAAGGGUAUACUUAACAUUGCUUGGGUCAAUGUUAGUAAUACCCCCCCUAGAUAAAAGACAUGAAAAAAACAUUGCAUAUGUGGGUUCCUUGGUUGGUGUCACUUUGGAAAUAGAUAAAGCUACUAUAAACAGACCUGAAUCAGUCAGGAUUAAGUUGGGUUGUAGAGAUGCUGAAAAUAUUCCUACAUCUGCUGAAGGAGUUUUGGGGGAUCAGUUUUAUGAUUUCUUCUUCUCUGUGGAUAAGAUCCUUGUGAAAAAUGCUCGUAAGGAAAAAAUUAAUGUGCAAAUGGAGGCUGAUGGGGGAAAUUCUCCUAAAAGAACUAAGUUUAAUGAGAAUAUUAGACCUGAUGGGCAGAAUAUUUCUUCAUCUACUAUGGGGAAGUCUUCGGCUCCCUCUGGCAUGUCUGGAGGAAAAAAUAUGAUGAGUGUGAGGUUGGACACUAUUCAAGAAAAAGUUGAUAUAGUACAGAAUCAGGAAAAAAUUGAGGAAACACAAUCUGAUGAGGAAAGUGAGGAUGUGGAUAAUGUGCUGCUCAUAGAUUCUAUGGCUGCUGAAGCAGAAAAAAGCCAUAUGAAAGAGAUUGAAAAACAGUCUACUGUGGGUACCUCCUUUGAGAAAAUUGUGGUGAACUCUAUGUAGAUUGUUCCCAAUCCUGUGGUUCACAAAAAAUUCUCCUAUUACUUGGAUGCUUGUAUGGUAGAACCAACAGUUACUGAGAUGAAAAAUGAUGAUAAGAACUAUCAGAAGGAAGAUCAAGCUUACUUUGUGCAAUCUCCUGGGGGAUCCUGUGAAGAUGUGGAUGUUGUGCCUACUCCUCCUGUUCUGGAAGAAGUGCAGGCCAGAUUCAGCAAAAGGACUGUUGGAAUCAAUAUGGAACAUGUUUGUGCCAGGGCAGAGAAGAUGACAAAAAAGAGGAAUCUACAAGGGUUGCAGAAGCCGGACAUGGCUGAGGUGAUGAAAAAGGUGCUGAGAUGCUGAAAGCAAAUGCUUCGCAGAUGUUGCUGCUUUGUGGGCCUCCAAUGCCAGAUACCAGCAAGCAGGACGAGGGGGACGACAACUGGUACGAAUGGUGAUGCACUCAGGGUGUGAAAUUCUGGUGAUGUGGUGUUUAUCCCUAAUUCGGCCCUGCGUGGCAUGUCGUAGUUCUAGCGUCUUUCUGGUUCAUGUAUUGGUCGAACUGAUCGUGGUACUGGAUGUUGCUCUAUCCUCCUUAGAGUCGUGGCGGGGUUUUGGGUGAUGCUAGGUUUUCGCCCCAUAGCCUUGUGUUCCUGAUGACAGGCGCAAGGCGGUGGGUUUCCUAGCAUUGCUCUGAGCUCGCUUCUCUCUCUUUCCCUUCUUCUCUCUGGUCUCGAAACAAAUCAAUGUAUUUCCGUUAUGCAUUUAAUGGAAAGGGGAGAAGCCCGGUU